CGUGAAAUAACAAGAAGAAUUGGGCAGACGAAUAGACAAAUAGGUCAGGAAAAAAGAGACAGAUUGCUCUGGGGUUUUUGUUACCAAGAUGCCAGAUAUCAAAUUCCAGCAUAUAGUGUCAUUCAGUAGUGAAGAUAAGAAUCAUCCAGCAGAAAAUCUGUUGAAGGCAGGUGGGAGCUACAAAUGGAAAGGUGCUACCCCUGGAGAAAAACAGUUAUCAGCUGUAAUUCAGCUGGAGAAAGCCUAUCAGAUUUACUCUCUGGACAUUGGAAAUGAAGGUUCAGCCUUUGUGGAGGUUCUGGUGGGACGGUCCUCCUCGCCAGAUCAGGACUUUGAGGUAUUGCUGGUGUCAUCAUCCUUCAUGUCACCCAUGGAGAGUCGUAAUGGUACCAACAGAAACAGUGUGAGAAUAUUUGGGUCGGACAAGCUGUCCAAAACUACAGCCAGUCAAAAGUGGGACAGGGUGAAGGUUGUCUGCACUCAACCUUUUAAUAAGACAUCCACAUAUGGCUUAUCCUUCAUCACACUACACGCACCACCAGAUCCAGGGGAAAGAGAUAACACCACUUCUAAAGAAGAGGGCACAAAAACUCUGGGCGCAUUCCGCCUGAAGGCAGAGCCAGAAGACAAAGGAUCGCUAAAAGUGGGCACGCUAUUUGCCCGCCGGGAUCAUGAGAAACCUGCCCCACCCUCUAUCACAGGUGCUGCUGCAAUUCGAGCUGCGUCUAAACUGGCUGAGGAGUCUCUGAACUCCAGUUUCACUCCGUCCAAACCAGCCUUGAGUUCACACACCCAGUCUGCUCAGAAGAGAAAACACCCUGACAGUGACGGUGAUGUGACCUCUAUAGCCAGCCCGCCUCCCAAAGUACCUCUGAGAAAACACUCCACCAGUUCUGGCUCCAGCUCAGCAGGAAAGCAUAGGUGCGAAACCCCACCUGCACUGAAGAAAACCAAGUCUGAGCCCGUGAAGGAAUCUCCAGCCAGAGAGUUUGGAAAGGUGAUGGAAGGUGUGGUGUUUGUACUGAGUGGUUAUACCAACCCCAGGAGAGGAGAAAUUCGAGACAAGGCCCUGAAGAUGGGGGCGCAGUACCGAUCAGACUGGGGAAAGGGCUGUACUCAUCUGGUGUGUGCAUUUGCCAAGACUCCAAAGUACAAUGCGGUAGCUGGGAAAGGGAAAAUUGUCACUCACCACUGGGUUAAUGACUGCUACAAGACAAAAAAACUUCUCAACUGGAAAGACUACAGAUGUGGUGAUGCAGAGACACCCAGCGAGAGCUCUGAAGACGAAGAGGGGAUAAUCCACAAGAAAAAAGUCAAAACCCCAUCAAAGAGUGUGUCAUCUGAUAAGACAGAUGUGUACGGUGAAGACACCGAGCCAGAGGACUCUGGGGAGGAUACAGAGGAUGAGCUGAGGAAGCUAAAGGAGAAGCAGGCCUCCAACAAGAAGAGUCCUAAGGCUGCAGACCAGGUCUCAGCCGAUCCUUAUGGAGAUUCUACGGACGAGGACGAAUUUAACGCAACCAGUAAGAGUGGUAGCAAACCUUCAGCGGCCACAGGGGAUGACUCUGACUCUGGACUGCCUGAGCUGCCAGACUUCUUUACCGACAAGAAGUUCUUCCUGUACGGUGACUUUGUGGCAUCAGAGAGAAGGCUGCUGGUGAGAUACAUCACAGCCUUUAACGGUGAUGUUUGUGAUUAUAUGUCUGAUGACACAAACUAUGUAGUGACAAACGCUCAGUGGGACAAGAACUUUGAUGAGGCCUUGUCGGAUGCCCCAUCAUUGAUCUUUGUCAAACCAAAGUGGGUGUUCUCCUGUAAUGAGAAGAACAAGCUGGUACCGUAUCAACCUUAUAUUGUGGUCCCCCAGUAGAUGAUGAAUGAACCUUAUAUCCUGAUCCCUCAGAAAAUGCUGCCAUAUCAACCUUACAUUAUGGUCUCUCACCAGAUGGUGCCACAUCAGCUUUAUACAUGUCGUUUGGUUUGUCAUCAGCAGACAGUUCCAAAUCAGCCUUAUAUCAUGGCCAAGAAGAAAACGGAGCUAUAUCAACCUUAUUUUGUGGUCCCGUGGUAGACGGUGCCAUAUCUACCUUAUAUUAUAGGUCCUCAGCACAUGGUCCUGUAUCAAGACAUAUGGUCUCUUGCCAGAUGGUGCCACAUCAGUCUUAUACAUAUUGUCUGGUUCCCACAGUGGAUGGUGCCAUAUCUACCUUAUAUUAUGGUUGUUCAGCACAUGGUCCUCAGCAGAGGGUCCAUAUCUACCUUAUUUUAUCGUUCCUCAGUAGAUGGUGCCAUAUCUGCCUUAUAUAAUGGUUCCUCAGUAGAUAGUGACAUAUCUGCCUUGUAUUAUGGUUCCUCAGCACAUGGCCCUGUAUCAACCAAACAUUAUGGUUUCUCAGCAGAUGGUGCCAGAUCAACCAAACAUUAUGGUUUCUCAGCAGAUGGUGCCAGAUCAACCAAACAUUGUGGUUCCUCAGCAUGUGGUUCUAUAUCAAGCAAACAUUAUCAUUUCUCAGCAUUUGGUUCUGUAUCAAGCAAACAUUAUCGUUUCUCAGCACAUGGUGCCAGAUCAACUAAACAUUAUGGUUUCUUAGCAAAUGGUGCCAGAUCAAGCAUACAUGUAUAUUGUGGUCACUUCAUUGACAGUGCUGGGUCAGCCUUAUAGUUUGAUCCACAGGUCAACCUAUUCAGCUGCUAUAUCAUCUUCAUAUUGGUAUACUCAUGCCAAAAACUUUAAAAACAGUAUUUGUUGUUGCCUCACUUGGCACUCAGCACUAAGAUAUUACAGCACAGAAACAGGAGUGUUCGGCCAAGUAUCAGUAUAAUGCGACUGGGGAGAUGUCAUGCCUAUUGUCAGUAUAAUGCAACUGGGUAGGGUGUCAUGUCUGGUGUCUUCAACAUGCCCGGCCACGAGAAGACAUUAUAUGCACACACAUAUUAAAAGACUCCUAAUCAUCAUGUGACAGAAAAAUUGUUAAGUACUUGUACGACGUAAAAACCCAAGCAUAUGCCUACAUCAUGUUGGCAUACAUGAGUACCCUCAGCGUUCGUCUUAGGGGCUGCCAGUAAGACAAAGCUGUGAGAGAGGAUAAGUUUGGUUCUGUAUCUAUUUUGGAUACCUUGACAUUCAAACAGGUUUGCUAUUUUCCAGCUUUACUGAAAUAAAGACUCUUCCUCUUGAGUGAAGAGUUUUACAUUUUGAGAGCAAAAGACUCCAGGAUGAAUGGUGUGUGUGUGCAGAAGGCACCAGUACUCAAUUUGCCUUGUGCGUCCAUAUAUGAGUCAGAAGGACCUGCAAACACUACAGGUGUGUAGGAGUCAGAAGGACCUGCAAAGUAAAUGACAUACUUUCAUGUAAAUAACAUACUGUACAGGUGUGUAGGAGUCAAAAUGACCUGCAAACACUACAGGUGUAUACAAGUCAGAAGGACCUGCAAACACUACAAGUGUAUAAGAGUCAGAAGGACCUGCAAAUACUACAGGUGUGUACGAGUCAGAAGAACCUGCAAACACUACAGGUGUGUGUCCUACACAUGACCAUGGUGACCAGGGUAAUUUCAGGUACCCUAAAUGACCUACAAUUUUGUCAGCAAUUGUGCAUUUUUAGAGGUAAAUAAAUGUCACAAAAUAUUAUUUUUGAUCCUGAAACUUAUUAUUUUCCAGUAGAAUAUCAUCACAUAUUCCAGGCAAACCUAAAUACACCUUUCUAAAAUCAAUAGAACUCUCAGAAUCAGGAAAAAUGGGCAGGUUAGUCAUGGACGAAACAAACUGAAGAAGGUGUAAGAGGUCAUAUAUUGAAAAACUUUCCAUGUGAUCUUACCAUCCAAAGAUACUUUUUCAGCCUGCUUAGAUCGAUUAGAUCUCAGUCAGCAUGCAUCAGAUUAUGUAGUUUGAUGAUAUUAUAUGAAGAGCUUUUUUCAUUUUUAAUCAGAGACACAUCUUUUACAUCCCACUAUCAUCAUAUUCAUUGUAUCAUAUUCACAACCCAUUGUAUCGUAUUCACAGUCCAUUGUGUUAAACUUGUCACCCAUUGUCACGUUCUGAAAUUCAUUCUCAAGUAUCUUCCUUGUUAGUAUAAUAAACAUGGUUUAUU